AUUCUAUAUCUUUAUCUUUUCCUUGGUCAAUAAUAUGUAAUUAUAGAUUUAUUAUUUGAGCCUUAAAUUAAUUUAUUUUAAUUCAUAAUUUUUCAUAUUUGUCUUUACUUUUUACAAACUGAUAUUUUUUAAUAAAAUUAUAUAGUUUUUAGUUUUAAGAAACUUUAAAAGCAAAGUUAAAAGUUUUUGGAUCCCUUGUUUUGAGAAUCGUGUCAUUAGUUCUAAAUUAACCUUAAAAGGCUUUAACUGUAAACUUAAAUGGGCCCAUGAGUCAAUGACGGCGCGGAAAUAAGUCCGGGAAGGUGGACGGUUAUUUAAAGUCGCACUACUCCGUUAUCCCCUAUUAAUAUUCGGUCGCUCCCCCAUAACGAAUCGUGUCCACGUCUCGUCUCUCCAUCUUCCACUUCAAACUUGCUUCCAAACCCUAGUCUAGCUUUGAUUCUCGUAACCAUGGAUUCUUCUCCUAAAAUCAAUCCUAAGAAACCAAUGCUAGUUGUCGGAAGCACGACCAACCCUAAACCCUACGUUGUCACCGGUCCGCCUCCCGGUUUCUCCUCCAAGCCGGGACUCAAGAGAUAUUCAGAUGACCGUGAUUCUAAUAACUUGGCUAUAAAGAAAUCUAGGACAGUGGUUAGCGCUCAGGAUGGUAAAAAGAUUGUUGCUUUGGAUGUUAAACCGUUGGCGAUCGUGGAAGCGGACACUCCGAGGCUUUCUAGACAGUUUUGGAAAGCAGGAGAUGAUAAUGAAGAUGAGCCUGUGCCUCGCUAUUGUAGCAAUGAUGCUGCGGUUAGGGUCCAUCCUCAGUUUCUUCAUGCUAAUGCUACCAGUCACAAGUGGGCACUUGGAGCUUUGGCUGAACUUCUAGACAAUUCUCUAGACGAGGUAUGUAAUGGGGCUACAUAUGUUCAUGUUAACUCAGCAACAAAUGAAAAAGAUGGGAAGAGCAGCAUUCUCAUAGUUGAAGACAAUGGAGGUGGGAUGGAUCCGGGUAGGUUUAGAGAGUGUCUUUCUUUGGGGUAUUCAAGAAAACGCAAUAUGGCUAAUAAAGUUGGUCAAUAUGGGAAUGGAUUCAAGACUAGUACAAUGAGGCUUGGUGCUGAUGCAAUUGUCUUCUCACGCUGUAGAGGAACCAAUGGAAACAAAACAACACAGAGCAUUGGUAUGUUAUCAUAUACGUUUCUUUACGAGACAAGGAAAUGUGAAGCCAUUGUCCCCACGGUUGAUUUUGAGCUGGUAGAUAACACCUGGAAGGAGAUAACAUACAACUCCACUGAUGAGUGGUUUGAUAAUCUAGAGACUAUUGUGAAGUGGUCUCCUUAUUCAACCCAAGACCAAUUAUUCGAGCAGUUUGAUCACCUAGAAGAGCAAGGUACUAGGAUCGUGAUUUAUAAUCUAUGGGAUGAUGAUGAAGGGAAGCUGGAACUUGAUUUUGAUACAGAUCCUCAUGAUAUUCAACUAAGAGGUGUAAACAGAGAUGAGAAGAACAUAGAAAUGGCGAAAACGUAUCCUAACUCGAGGCACUUCCUAACGUAUCGCCACUCUCUACGUAGUUAUGUAUCGAUUCUGUAUCUCAGACUUCCGCCAAACUUCAAGAUCAUUCUUCGUGGCAAAGAAGUGGAACAUCACAGCUUAUUAGACGACAUGAUGAUGACCGAAGACAAAACAUACAGACCUGUGCGUUCUGCAGAAUGUUCAUCAAAUGAAGAAAUGGUUGCUGAUCUGAAGCUUGGUUUUGUGAAAGAUGCUCAUCAUCACAUUGACAUACAAGGGUUCAAUGUUUACCACAAGAACCGGCUUAUCAAGCCAUUUUGGAGGGUUUGGAAUGCUGCUGGAAGUGAUGGACGUGGUGUUAUUGGUUUAGUGGAAGCUAAUUUCAUACAACCAGCUCAUAAUAAGCAAGGGUUUGAGCGAACUGCUGUUCUUGCUAAACUUGAAAACCGAUUGCUCUCAUAUCAAAAGACCUAUUGGACUUCAAGGUGCCACGAGAUUGGUUAUGCGCCAAGGCGGAAGCAAGCUAAUCAUGUAACUUCCUCCAUAGAGACUACUCGACAGGGGGACAAGAAAUCAGAAGUACCUUUCAACAACGUCAAGCAUGAUAAGGGACCUUCUUCUAAUGCAGCACCGGCUCGAUUCAUGCAAAAUGGCCAAUCAUCUGGUGGAAACCAGCUAAACUCUCAGGGUGCUACACAACCAAGAGUUGUUGGUGACAGAAUGAUACCUGACAACAGGAUCAAGAUCGAGAAACAUGGGCAUGGGACAAGCUUCAAUGAAGCAAGGUCAGUUAAUCAAGCAGCCGAGUUGCAGAAGGUGAAAGACGAAUCAGCAAAACAUGUGGCUGAGUUGCAGAGACAGAGAGGACAGCUUGAGUCGCAAAACAAACAGCUAAAGGCUAAGAUUCAAGAUUUGGAGAAGUCAAAAGAUGACUCGCAAAAACUGGUGUCUAAGCUAUUGAACCAGCUAAAACAGUCUGCAGCUAAGAUUCAAGACAUGGAGAAGACGCAGAAGGUAACAGAUAACAACUCAGGAAAACUUGUGGUUGAGUUGUCUAACCAGCUCAAGCAGUCAAAUUCCAAGAUUCAAGACUUGGAGAAGACACAGAAGUUUAAAGAUGAUGAAUCAGCAAAAUUGGUUAAUGAGUUGAAGAUACAGAAAGCACUGCUUGAAGAGGGCUUGAAGAAGGUGAGAGAUGGAUCAACAAAACUGGUAGAUGAGCUGCAGAGAGAGAAAGCAAUGCUUGAGGAAGAAUCACAUAAGCUCAAACAGUCAGAAGCUAAGAUUCAAGACUUGGAGAAGUCGCAGAUUGAAGUGACUGCGAUCUUUCAAGAAGAAAGAGCACGUAGAGAUGUGAUUGAACAUGACUUGAGGAAGAUGCUACGGGUUAGUCCUUUACCUAAACAAAUAUAUGGUAUUUUUAAUUAUCUCCAUUCAUACUCAUUUCAUUUUGGUAAACGUUAUAGGAAUCUUCUGAUACCAUCCGUGCGCUAACCAUGAAAGUGAAUAGCCUCGAAGCUCAAAAAGCUAAACCAUAAGAAGAUACACAUGCAUAUGCAUUAAGCGUAGCUCUUCUAAAACUCGGUAUAGGUUUUAAGUAGUGUACCACAGUUUCUACGGUUUAGCACUCAUGUAAGUACAUUAGGCUUUCUCUUUCAACCAAAUCUUUUUUUUUGUAAGACAAUUUUCAUUAAAUCUUUAAGCAUUUGGAAGACAGGAGAGUGAUAGAUUUAGAGCAAGUUUAUAACAAAACCACAGACUUGAGAAAGUAGGCCCGAGCGUUCGGGGACCCCAAUGGUCACAUUCGGAUAUUACAAAAAAUCGCAUCGGGUGUGAGUUGGGUCUUCUUGGGUUCGGGUUUUAACCGAAGUAAGCAAACUAUUGAUUGAGUUGGGUCUUCUUGGGUUCGGGUUUUAACCGAAGUAAGUAAACUAUUGAUUUGAAUCAGAUAAUUUAUAUCUAAACUACUCAAACUUAUCUAAACAAUAACUAAACCAAAAAAUACUCAAUAUAUAUGGUUUGAAUUAAUUAUUCUUUUGUCCAAAAGUAACCAUGGAUACAAUAAUAUUUAGGUAUUUUGUAUCUAAAACAUCCAUUUCUAUCUAUAAAUAUUCAAAAUAAUUAACAAACUAGGUGGUAACUCGCGCUCUACGCGGAGUGAAUGGACUAAAAGAUUUAUAACUUUUAAUCUAUAGUUACUAAAAAGAUAAAAUCUUAGUCACAAAUUUUAAAUGUUAUAUAAUGAAAGAUUGAAAGAAAUUGUGCAUUUUGAAUAAGCAAAGACUUAUAUGAAAUUAAUUAUGAAUUUAAGAUAAAAUAAAGCAUAGACAAUAGAAUUAUUGUUUUCACAAUAUAAAUUAUGAAUAUAAAAUAAAACGAAACAUAGACUAUAGAAUAAUAUAAUAUGAAAAAAAAAAAUUAUAAGGAAACAAAUUAUAGGCCACAAGGAUUGAGUCAAUCCAAUAUAAUCCAUCGCAAGAUUAGUGGCAAAAAAAAAUCCUAAAAUUUCGUGUACAAUUUUUAGUUAGUCGUACAAGUUGUGUAUAAAUUAGUAGUAACUUUUCUAUAUUAACUAAAGCCAGAUUGCGUUAUGUUGAUUGCUUAUAUGAGUUUCUUAUAUUUUGUUUAUUGCAUAAACUACGGUCGUAAAAUUAACAAAAAAAUCAAAUAAAUAUAGGAAACCAAUAUUAUUGGAUUUGAUAUUAAAAGACACCAUCAAACCUCUCAUUUAUUUAAAUUUUAGGGUUGAUUCUCCAUUUAUUUACAUGAAUCAUAUAUGUUUAAUGUGAAAAACAUAUAGUAUAAUCACUAUCUAGUUUUAGUGUUCAAUGACAUUACAUGUAAUUUAUCUAGUCAAUAGAUGCUUUUUUAAAAAAAAGUGUGAGGAGAACUCUCAUAUGAUUGACAAAUUCAAUAAAUAAUGACAAUUGUGUUAAUCACACAUGAAAAUAAGUUUAAUAAAUAAAAAUGUUCUUCAAAUAAUAAAAGGGGAUAUGAUUUAUAAUUUUAACUUUAGGUAUUAAAUUAAUAUAAGUAUAAUUAUAAAUAAUAUUAUAUAUAUAGUUCGAAUACUAUUUUAGUUCUCGGUACGGAUAGGAUUUAGUUUCGGUUUUUCGGGUUUUGAAAAAGAACCCUUUCAGGCAAGAUCUGACCGGGUUCGGUACCGUAAUUUUGAGUUGGUUCCGGAUCAAUACUUUGGGUAUGGGUAUUAUGCCCAGCUAAUUGAGAAAUAGUCACUUUGGAUCGUUAACACUCAAUCUGCACUUCAAAGUAUUGUCUAGACAAAAUUUGUUGCAUCUUAGGACUUAGACAAACUCCUUUACUUAGGUAGGCGUUUCUCAUAGAGGAGGUCCAGUAUGAUACAAUUCGCUCCUCAAAAGAGAAAAAUGAUUACAAUAAUCAUGAAUUCAUGAUGAAGAACUUGAUGAAUCCACCGGUAACUGAAGGAUUACUGAACUUUAACGAAAAAGAGGAAUACGAUAUUGUGUAGCUGUGUGCACACCUGUUUUAGUAAAAAAGUUGGUGAACCCACCAAUAAUUUUUACCAGGCAAGUCAAAAGUACUUUCACAUAAAAAUGGGUUAUGAAACUGUUGUUGAAAGAUGAACUCUUUAAAGUGUCCCUCCAAGGGACCACAAACAGCCACCCAUUGCUUCAACUGAAAGAAGCAAAUAGAUAACCCACCUUUUCUUUUCCCUCUCAAACCAAAUCCUUAUUUUGUGUAUUUGAACAAUAAUUAAUUACACAUUAAUAAGUAAAUCAAAUCACACAUAAAAACACACACACACAAACAAAAAAAAACAGAGGAAACAGAGAAGG